GUAAUUCGUGUAUGUGAUCCAAGUACAGAUGUAUCCAUCCCCAAUUCAGGAUUUGAGAAAUUGGUUAGUGAAGUGGUAGGUACAUGUUGUGGAUGACGAGUGCUUCCGAGCUAUUUCAUAGCCGGAGAUAUCGUUCUGCUCUUCGUCCCAUUGAUUCCCCUCUACCUUCUUCUUCUUCUUCUUAUCAACACCGCUCCACAAUACGUCAACAAAACUUUAGCAGCAGCAGCAGCAGCAGCCGUCUUGAUGGUUGUGUCCCUGCUUCCCGUCAGAUCCACCGCCGUCGCCUCCAUCAUUUGGAACAUCAACAGGUCGGCCCUGAAGAAGGUGAUAGCCACUCUCCCUCUGGUAGUGGUAUAAAUUCAGAUGGUCCUCGCAGGAGCAUACACAGACAUAACAGAUCCAUCGGCACUGCGAAUGAUAGACUACCUGGAUCUGUAUUACUUGCAAGAGAAAGACUUGUGGAAAGACUCAGAGGCGUCUCUGUUUCUGGAAAUAGGCAAAACAGCAGGUCAUCAUCCACCACUCAUCAAAAUGACUUCUCUACCCAUAACGUGUUGGAACUCAGAAACAAUACUAGGGCAGAAAUCGUAUCUGAAUCUUGGCAAGAGACUAGAAGAAACCGCCCACUGGGACUCAGUGAGGAUGAUCUCAAGUGUUUACAGUCAGAGGCUUUCAGCAGUGAAAGUUGUAGAAAAAACGACGAAAGCUCGAGUGCGUCAAUGGAGUGUACAAUUUGCCUUGAAGGUUUCCAGGAUGGUGAUAAGAUCGUAUGUUUGCUUUGCGCACACAGGUUCCAUUCCUGUUGCUUGUUUCCGUGGGUUCGAGUAUGUGGGGCAUGCCCGAAUUGUAGAAAACCCGUACUUGUAAAUGCACCUGUUAAAUAACACUCAACUCCCUUUUGUAGCUUGUAAUGUUAGGUUUUGUGAAAAUUUUAUGGUGUUAACGUAAAAAAUAUAAAUGCUUUGAAAA